UUCUCUUCGUUUCGGGAGGCAAAGAGGCAAAGAUGGAGCCUGAUCCAGUGAAGAAUGUUGAGAAGAGUGGAUUCUCCAAGCGACGCAUAUCAUCGAUUUUGAAAGCUCCCCGGAAAUCAGCCAGAUUUCCAGACCAAGAGCAACAAGAAAAUGUGGUUGAAUGUGCCAAACCAGGAGAGAAGAGGAAUUCAAGAAGAGUCAGCUUUGCUCCUGCCAAUGAUGUUCUGCUGUUUUCUAAGGAUGCAAAAAAUACAUCACCUGCCCGAAAUCCUUUUCAAGAGUUAACUGCAACAACUGGAUGCCCCACACUGAAUAGGGGCCAGACAGGUGUCAAUGGGGAUGGAGGUCAAAAAAUAGCUGGUAUGGAGAGCCUGUUGAAUGCUCCGCUACAUGAUUAUCAACUAAAGGAUAAGGUCAACUUCGACACAGGCGAUGACUUUGGGGAGAGGACAGUCAUGUUUUCUGCACAUGAAGCGUCUAUGGACAUGACUCAAAGUCAAACUAUAAACAUUUCCACAGGCGCAGAUGUACUUGAAGACUGUUCCUUUCAAAAUGUCUUACCCACUGCUUUGGACAAAAAAAGCAUCUUCCCAGUUAAUUCACUGUCUGCAAGUGUGUCAGGCAGCUCGCUGUUCCCUGGAAGAAAGCUGGACUUAAGUGUUGAGAAGAAAAAUGUAUCAGCGUCUCUACAAUGGCUGGAUCCUGAGUCUGAAAAGUUCCUUGCUAGUCUCUCUAAACCAGCUGGCCCCGGCGUGAAUUCUGCUAUCACCAGAGCGACACCUCCUCUUGGACCAUCCUCAGAAGAUAAAAACAGGCCUGUAACCCAAACAAGAAGACUUGAUGUUGAUAAAGAAAAUCAAGCUCCACCAUUUGUACCUGCUGCGAUCGGGAAGCCGCUUCAUAACGCCAGCAAGUCUGGACUGUUAUCGGCCGUACUCUGUCCAGAAGAUGAGGCUCCUGAAGCUCAGAGAGGCGACGAUGAUGUGGAUCCCUUUCAGUGGCUUUUUCCCUCUCAAGAUAUGUACGCAAACUCUGACAGAAGAGCGUCACAGACAUCGGAGAACACGAAGGCCAGUCAGCAGCAGCAGAACAGGAAAUCUGUGGGAUUAUCUGCCUCUACAGCCAAGUCUCUGCAUGACACUCCUCAGACACAGCAUAAGGUCAGCGCCGACCCAAAAGAGGAAUACAGAGAGAAAACUGUGCUGUUCGCUGCAGAUGACAUGUUUAUGGACCUGACCCAAAGCCACACAGUGCACAUUGACAGGGGUUCAGUAGCUCCUGAGCCAAUGUCUGCAGAUACGCGGAAUCCAGGAUUGAAAAAUGUUCCUGUGAGCCACUCAAGGGAGCCUGCCAGUAUCCCUGUGACGACCAGAGCAACACCGACGGUCAACACAAACGGCUCUCUCUCCCUUCCAAAGACACUAAAGGUUCAUGCUGACAAAGAAAACGAACCCCUAAAUCAAAGCAGAAGCUUUGGAAGGUCAUUCAGUGGAAGUACAACCCGUCCCAAAGAUGCUGGCGUGAAUAUGACGGAACUCCGAGGACGAAGCGUUUCGGGAGGCGAAGUGAGCAUGGAUAUCACAGAAGCUCAGAUCAGCUCCUCCAUGCCAGACACAGUGGCUCAUCUGCAGCAUACAUUUUCCACUGGAGCCACGCCCUCAAAACAUGGUGACUUAAAGGAUACAUUGACUCCCUAUCAGCAGAGAAGGGAAACCGCUGGCCUACCUGACUGUAAAGGUGUGGAGAUCCCAUACAAGACUUCUUUGAAGACAAUGGAAAUACAGCAGGUCAAUUGUGAUGCUGAUUUUGACCACAAAGAGAAAACAGUGAGGUUCACUGCUGAAGAUGCCUGCAUGGAUUUCACGCAAAGCCACACCGUCAAUAUUCACAGAUUAGGGCAUCAACAGUCACACCUAAAUGAGAUCUUCUUACCCGUAUAUGGCGAGAAAACAGUGAGGUUCUGUGCCGAUGAUGCAGCUAUGGAUCUGACCCAAAGUUGCACUGUAAAUAUUGCAAUUGAUAUUGAAAAAAAAUCACAAAAUGUAGAGUUUCUGCCUGCAUCUGGAGAAAAAACUGUGAGAUUUACCCAUGAUGAUGAUGAAGCAGUUAUGGAUAUCACAAGAAGUCAAACUGUAAACAUUUCCUCCGUUUGCGAUAUGCAGCCACACCAGAAAGUAGAAUUUGCUUCUACAAGUGGAGAAGAAUCGGUGAGCCUUGCUAAUGACCGUGCCGCUGUGGAUGAAGAAAGAAGUCACGUUGUGGAUGUUGCCCCUGAUUUCAGAAGACGGUCACAAAGUGUGGAUCAUCUGCAGAACAGUGGAGAGAAAACAGUGAGGUUCUCUGCAGACGACGCAACUGUGGAUAUGACAAAAAGCCACACCGUGAAUAUUGUAGCAGAUUAUAAUUGGCAGUCACAGCAGAAUGUGCCCUUUGUCUCAACAAGGGAAGAAAUACCAGUCAGGCUCGCCACUGAUGAUGCGGCUAAAGACGAGACAAGAAGUCACGUUGUGGGCAUCACCACUGAUUUCAAAAGGCAAUCACAAAACGUGGAUCUUCUGCACAACAGUGGAGAAAAAACAGUGCGGUUCACUGCGGAUGAUGCCGCUAUGGAUGUGACCAAAAGUCACACUGUGAGCAUUGACUCUGGUUUCCAACCACCGCUUCAAAGUGUAGAUACUCUACCUGUGUUAAAGGAAAAGACAGCAAGGUUAUCUGCAUGUGACGCCGGCAUGGAUAUGACCCAGUGCCUCACGGUCAAUAUUGCCAGUAAUUCAUCUUUUGAGGGAUUUCCGCCACACCAAAAUGUUUCACACGUGCACAAAAACGUGAAUAUUCCUAGCACUGUUAAAAAGGAUGAAAGUGACACCGGCGUCCCUCACAGAGACAGAUCAGUCUGUGUUUUAGAAGGAGAAUCGUCGAAAGCAGAGGCCACUGACGAUCCGUUCACUCAAGAAAGCACCGAUAUGAAGGAUUCCCAGUCUCAAAUGGCGAAACCGGAUGUAAAUGCUGAGCUGGAACGUCCAGCUUUAUGUGCUGGUGUGAUGGAAAAAUCUGCAACUGAAAUCUUGACGGAUUGCGCUGAAGUCAGCGCAAACAUGGAUUUGACUGAAGCUCAAACAGGCUGCAUUAUGGAGCAGACAUUUGCAAAUGAAUCCCCACAAUGCAUUCCUUUGACACAAAAUAAAGAGUUUGAACAUUCAAAGACCAUAAAGACGUCGCUAAUAAGGAGUGAAGCACCGGGCGCACCCUGCACCAACAAUGUGGCAGUCGCUAAUCUGCCAGGUUCUCCCGACUCAAGUGGAAAGGAAACUAUGAGAGAAUCUGAUCCAUGUAGCAGAACUUGUCCUAUAAUCCAGAACAUCGCCAGCUCACCGAGUGCAGUGAGCCAAGAUGCUGAUAUUUCGAACUCAAGGGAGUCUAGACGAAGAAGUCUGGCCGAUCUCAUGUCAAAAGUGCGCUGCCUAAACACCUUGAUCAAUACAGCUCCUGAUCCCGUAGCCACAGAUGGCUGCUCAGUGCCUUUACCCUCACAGGACAAAAAUCCAGAAGAUGAACUCCCAUCUGGCGCAGUGGAGCCGGAACUCAACCGGGUACGGACCGAAGAUAUUGCACAGGAUCAGUGUCUUGCAACAGCAGAAGAAGACGCGGCUUCUACGGCCACAGCUGCCUUCAGCUUGAAGACGAAACAGCUCAUGUCAAGACUUUCAGUGGGGGGCUUUCAGCCGAAGUUACCCCGAAGAAGCAAACCUGAUGAUUCAAAUCAGGGGAAACUGGCAGAAGAACGUCCAAGAGCAGUCGAGGCUAAUGUUCCCAAUCGCUUGAGCAACUUCGACAAUGAUGUGAGUGAUAUUUUCGAUGAAGAGCUGGGAAGCUACGAAGACAUAUCGGAAACACUGGAUGAGGACUUUGAGAAAGCCUCUGAACGAAAAAGUUCCAUUGAAGAGUUGGAUUUCAGUAAGACCCCACUGGAGGAUGACGUGUUUGUAGAGGACUUCGUGAGUCCAGUGCAGAGACAAAAGAGGCCUUUUCCAGAGGAUGGAAACAUCAUGGACAACGAGAAGAGAAUGAAAACUUCCAGCGAUCCCACUGAGAAGUCUGAUGUGGUAGACUGCGACAGUAUCGUCACAGCCCCAACAAUAAGAACACAGACCACGGAAUCGUCCAUCUGCAGUAACACAGCCAACAUGAGAUGUGAAGCCACGUUUGAGUCCACUUAUAAACAAAGCAUGUUGGAAUCCCAGUUUGAAGACUACGCCAGUGACGUGCAGAUGAAACUUGAAGAUGGCUCCAUUACAGUCUUGGAGUUCUUCAAACUCUUCAACAUUGACUUUGUCAUCCAUAAUCCUCGACAAAGUGUCUGUCCUGGCAGGAUUUUGUCAGAAAAUGAAGUCACAGCAAUGGAUUUGUUAAGAAAUAGACACAUCAGUCAUCCGAAGCAGAUGGUCUAUGAGACAGAUGUCCGAAACCUCACCGAUCAGGUGGAGAGGUUGAAGGUUCGGAUGGAAGAUCUCGACAAACCUCUGAAGGCUGUUAACAACCCACUGUGGGAGGAAAUGAGACGUUGCUCAGACAAAGAGCUGAAAUCGUUUGGCGUUAAACUGAAGGAGAGAAAUAACUUCUUCAGGAAAACAAGCAAAGUUCAGUGUCAUGAGAUGAAGGAAGUCCUGUAUUUCAAGCUUCUUCAUGCUCUUAAGGAGGAGCAGCAGAAAUUGAGAGGAACAAUUGAGAAAGCUGAUGAGAUGUUGAAAAGUCUUGAUGACUGCAUUCAUGAGUUACAAACAGAACUUGCUGGAGUUGAGGAGAACGGCUUUGACAGCAAACCAAGCAUGAAGUCACUGCUGGAAGAAAUGAAGAAAGCCUCUGAAACUAUGGACGAUAAUGAGAGACAAAUCUCUGAACUGGAACUGCAGAAGAAGCAGAACUCAAGUAAACUGAAGCGGCUGAAUUCUGAGAUCCAAAGCCUGGAGAGCCACAUGGACAUGCUGGACAUCCUGAAUGAAUGGAAGUUGAAAGAGAAAAGGGACGACGGCACAGUCUACACUUUCCUCCACGAGACCAUGAGUUUACAGCUGACCUUUGAAAAGUCUGAUGGAAACCUUGCGGACAGUGAAUCUGAACGUAAAAUAACACAAAUCCGUUUCAACUUCGAGCUCGAUGACGAGAAGUCGCAGUGCCACGCCCGCCUCGUUCAUAAGCUGGUCUCUCAGUUCGUGGAGGCAGAGCCUGCCUGGGCGGAGAAAUUUCCGACAAGUCGGCACGUUCCAAAGCUGCUCCACGCCGUCAGCCUGGUGGUGAGCCGCUGCCGCCUGCUGGGAGAGGAGUGUCGGAGGCUGAAGCUGUGGGGAAGUCUGCCGUUUGACAUCCUCCGCCUCAGCUGCAGCGACACUCGAAUCUCCAUCGUCUUCAGCAGCCUCAGGAAAUGCUCCAAAUUUGAAGUGGUCUUCGCUGUCAGCUUGAGCAACCGCCUCUGUGUCCUGCAAGUGGAGAGCUUCAAAAACAGGAUCGGCAGCACAACAAUGAGCCAGAUUGAGGAGAUCGUCUCAUCCUGCACUCCGACCAAGAACCUCCUGACCAAGAUCGCCAAGAAGAUCCACGACACCCUGCUCUGUUAGGACCAGCAGGAUUUCACAUGUUCAUUGUCUUGUACAUUAUAAGUCUUGUAUAUAUGUUAAGUUCUUUACUUUUAGUUAUAAAAACAGAUGAAUUUAAAUCGAUUUCAGUGAUUUUCAGCUUUCUGUCUUCAGACUCAACAAUUUUAACACCAAAAUAUUCCUUUAAAAAGAAAAAUAAAAAAAAGUGAAAUGCAUCUCAUCCUUGAACAACCCUAAAUUUUUCAGUUUCCUGAUUGGUCUUUAAAUGGUGAAUGUUAAACAGUUUUUUUGGCUUUGUGCAGUUAAUCAACAUGUAAAUAUCUUUUCACUUUAUGCGUUUUAUAACAGUUUCAUUAGGAACUGAAAUGUUUCAUCUAAAACUUGUAUUGGUAUAAUUAGAAGGCUA